CUGCGAGUUAGCGCGCGGGCGCGGCGCGGGCCGCCCUCCGCCUCCCCUUGGCCGGCGUCGCGCGCACUCUCUCUCUCUCACACACACACAGAGACAUAUACACACCCAGGCACGGCAGCAGCAGGAAAGGCAGCGCGCGUCAGGGCUGCCCUUGCCUUCUUCCCACCCAUCGACCCCCCGCCUGAAAGCAGCUGCACCGGCCUCGGGUCCCGCCCGUCCCUCCGUGGCCACGGGGAAGGCGGAGAGAGCGAAGCAGCCCAGCAGCAGCCGGGGAGGGGAAGGGGGGGAAAAACCCACCAAGACAGAAACCACCUUUUCUUCCUUGGGCAGAUAAAAUGGCAGAUAAUCUAAGCGAUGCCUUGAAGAAGCUGAAGAUAACAGCUGUUGACAGCACAGCUGAUAGCUUGGAGGGGUGCUUGGACUGUCUGCUUCAAGCCCUGGCUCAAAACAAUACAGAAACAAGUGAAAAAAUCCAGAAAAGUGGGAUCCUUCAAGUGUUUGCAAGUCUGUUGACUCCGCAGUCUUCCUGCCCCGCAAAAGUAGCUAACAUCAUAGCAGAAGUAGCCAAAAAUGAAUUUAUGCGGAAUCCAUGUGUGGAUGCUGGCUUGAUCCCACCUCUGGUACAGCUCUUAAAUUGCAAAGACCAGGAAGUGCUUCUUCAAACAGGACGUGCCUUGGGCAACAUAUGCUAUGACAGCCAUGAGGGCAGAAGCGCAGUUGACCAUGCAGGUGGGGCACAGAUUGUAAUAGACCAUUUAAGGUCACUGUGCAGUAAAACAGAUCCAGCCAGUGAGAAGCUCUUGACUGUCUUUUGUGGCAUGCUGAUGAACUAUAGCAAUGAGAAUGAUACCCUGCAAUCUCAGCUCAUCAAUAUGGGUGUUAUCCCUACAUUAGUGAAAUUGUUGGGCAUUCAUUGCCAAAAUUCAGCUUUGACUGAAAUGUGCCUUGUUGCAUUUGGCAAUUUAGCAGAACUUGAAUCAAGCAAAGAGCAGUUCGCCUACACAAACAUUGCUGAAGAGCUUGUAAAAUUGUUCAGGAAGCAAAUAGAACAUGACAAGAAAGAAAUGAUUUUUGAAGUUUUGGCUCCUUUGGCAGAAAAUGAUAUCAUUAAACUGCAGCUGGUUGAAGCAGGCCUUGUAGAGUGUCUACUUGAGAUAGUCCAAAAGACCGUAGAUAGCGACAAAGAAGAUGAUGUUGCUGAGCUUAAAACUGCCUCAGAUCUCAUGGUUCUACUACUGCUGGGAGAUGAAUCAAUGCAAAAACUAUUUGAAGGAGGAAAAGGCAGUGUGUUCCAAAGGGUGCUUUUAUGGAUCCCAUCUAAUAGCCACCAGCUGCAGCUUGCAGGAGCUUUGGCAAUUGCAAAUUUUGCUAGAAACGAUGGAAACUGUAUCCAUAUGGUGGAUAAUGGUAUCGUUCAGAAGCUGAUGGACUUGCUGGACAGGCAUGUAGAAGAUGGAAAUGUCACUGUGCAGCAUGCAGCGUUGAGUGCACUCCGAAACCUUGCUAUUCCCGUUGUAAAUAAGGCAAAGAUGCUGUCAGCUGGUGUGGCAGAAGCGGUAUUGAAGUUUCUCAGAUCCGAAAUGCCCCCUGUUCAGUUCAAGCUCCUGGGGACGUUAAGAAUGUUAAUAGAUGCACAAGCAGAAGCUGCUGAACAGCUGGGGAAAAAUGUGAAGCUAGUUGAAAGGCUGGUGGAAUGGUGUGAAGCCAAGGAUCACGCAGGCGUGAUGGGGGAGUCAAACAGACUACUCUCUGCCCUUAUACGACACAGCAAAUCAAAAGAUGUAAUUAGGACCAUUGUUCAGAGUGGCGGCAUUAAGCACUUAGUUACCAUGGCAACUAGCGAACAUGUAAUAAUGCAGAAUGAAGCUCUGGUCGCUCUGGCACUAAUAGCAGCUUUAGAAUUAGCCACAGCGGAGAAGGAUCUCGAAAGUGCCCAGCUAGUGCAGAUCCUACACAGGCUGCUGUCAGAUGAGAGAAGUGCACCAGAAAUAAAGUACAAUUCCAUGGUGCUGAUCUGUGCCCUGAUGGGAUCAGGUCCUUUUCUGGCACACAGGCAAAGGCUUAGGAGAGAGGUGGGUCUUCUGUUGUUUGUGCUGGGAGAUGACAAAGAACUCCUCCACAAGGAAGUGCAGAGCCUGGCCUUUCUAGAUGUCGUCUCAAAACUCCGCAGCCACGAGAACAAAACGGUCGCCCAGCAAGCGUCCCUCACAGAGCAGACACUUGCUGUGGAAAGCUGAGGAAGGGGACCCACUCCACAUAGCAUCUCGUCACAGAUCUCACCUUUUGUCCUCUGUCCUGCUGCUGCUGCUCCUGCCACAUUUCCCCCCACUGUGUCACUCGUGCAUGCAUGUAACAUACUCACUCUCUCUCUCUUUCACACACACACACACCCCAAUUGAACUGCUGUAGGUACCUGUCCAAAUAAGAUUUCUAUAAAACACCCAUAGCUGAUUGUCAUCACAUGAGCCUCUGUCUCUCUCACACACACAAACACAGUCUCCAGCCGUCGUCGUUCUACUUGUAUUCUCGUUGCUUGGGCCACAUAGUAGAAUGUGCAUGUUCUAGUCCUAUAAUAAUGUAAAAGUGGUACUACUUUGAUGACUCCUCCCCUCACACCCCUAACUCCGUAACAGUGUACUGCUAACUUAGGGACAAAAACAGGCGGCAGCAAAGCUAGGCCGGACGGGGUAUGCGGUGGUUUCAGAGAAGGGGGAAAGAAAGCACCUCUCUUGGGUGCUUUUGAAACCAAGGGGCGAGUGGAGGUGGUCUUGCUGCUCAUUCACGGGUCUUGCCUAUUAAUGUCAACCCCAUGGUACCUAGAGGUAACAUAAUAAAAAAAAAAUCCAGUGCUCUCACCGUU